AUGUGUUUUAUAGCCCGGCUGGACGCUGCCGUUGCCUCAUCAGCGACAGAGGCACAGUCCAGCUCUUACACAAUCCCAGAGAAGUGUGACAUCAUCGGACUUCACCGUGAGAGGGGAGUGGAGGUGGAGGAGGUGAUGGAGGAGGUGAUGGAGGAGGGGAUGGAGGAGGGGAUGGAGGGGGUGAUGGAGGAGGGGAUGGAGGAGGGGAUGGAGGAGGGGAUGGAGGAGGGGAUGGAGAAGGUGAUGGAGGAGGUGAUGGAGGAGGUGAUGGAGGAGGUGAUGGAAGAAGUGAUGGAGGAGGUGAUGGAGGAGGUGAUGGAAGAAGUGAUGGAGGAGGUGAUGGAGGAGGUGAUGAGGAGGUGA